UAAGACGCAGCGAAAAGUUGUUUAUUUAUUAAGUAUAUAAGCUAAAGUGUUAAUUUAUAUUGUGUGCGACAUGUGGUGCAAGACCUGUAGUAAAGUGACAGACCGGGAGCAGACUUCGCUGAUGAUUCUGGAGUGGUUCCAGUGGUUCCAGUGCUCUGGUAGCUCCCUCUUUGAAGAUGGGGUCCUAUUUUGACAGAAACUAUUGCCAGAGCAGUACAGCCACACUGUGUGCAGCUAUGAGACGACAGGGGACAUCAGUUUCAGGGCAGCCAUAAAGCUGAAGCUGUCCAGUGAGGAAGAGGCAAAGAGGUGGCUUGAAGACUUCCAGAGCUCCUCUGGCUUCACAUGGAGAGUGUCCAAAACCUACCCCAACGGUGGGCGCUACAACAAGUAUAGAGUGGACUACCGGUGCCAACGUAACACCUUUGGGUGCUCGAGGAGGACGAUGAACACUUCUUGCCCUGCUACUCUGUACCUGAUCUUGAAAAGGCAUCCAGAAUGUGGAGAGCGGAAGUCGAGAUCAGGAGAUCCUCACAUGAAGGAGGGACUCUUCCUUCACAUUAACUUACGCAAUGAGCACAACCACGGUGCUUAUGAAGCCGUGACGAGGAGUGAUGUAUCGGGAGAGACCAUUGAAAAGCUGAAAAAGCUGUUUGAAAGUGGCCACUCUCCUUCCUCGGCACUCGACGUGCUAAAGUACGAUUUACAAGAGGAGGAACAGGACAACUAUGUGUACGCCGCUGCAGAUCGUUCCGUCUGUCCAGAUUUGCAGUUUUGUUACAGGUUGUACUACAAACAGUUCAAAAAAGCACACAGCGCAGCAGCAGGGGAGGAACUGUUCAAAGAUCUUGAACAAACCCUUGAUGAUUACAACAAGGAGCAAGGGGAUGUCUGCGCCACGAUGUGCAAAACCUCUGACAAUCAGUUGGUCAUUGCCAUCUGCACUCCAAUGAUGAAGAGGGUCCACGCCAGGCUGAGAGAGAGCAGCGAGAUGGUGUUUGUGGACUCCUCUGGGAACUGUGAACGCAACAAUCACCGCCUUUUCCUGCUCCUCACCCACUCCUCGGCCGGUGGUUUGCCUUUGGGUGUAUUUAUCACCACGUCCGAAAGCCAGCCAACUCUCUCAGCUGCCAUAGAGCUGCUGCAGACUGUCCUUCCACCUGAGAGGUUCUUUGGCCACCCAGAAGGACCUCUUGUUAUCAUGACUGACGAUUGGUCCGCACUCAGACAGGCACUGCAUGAGGCAUACCCAGAAGCCACAUUGGUCCUCUGUGUGUUCCGUGUGGUUCUUCAGGCCAUGUGGAGAUGGCUGUGGAGCAGUUCAAAUGAAGUUAUCAAGCAGCACAGGGCCCACCUCCUGAGGUCCUUCAGAAGUCUGGUGUAUGCCUCCACACCAGCAGCUCUCAUGGAAGGCUACACAAGGCUGAGGGAGGACCACGUCGCCUCACAGCACCCAAAGUUUGUGCAGCACCUGCAGGAGGUCUUCCAGCGGCGAGAGGAGUGGGCCAUCUGCCUGCAUGCGCAACUGCCCACCAGAGGGAACCAUACCAACAACUAUGUGGAAAGUGCCAUGAGGGUGGUGAAAGAGAAGGUCCUCCACCAACUGAAAGCCUACAAUGUGAGACAGUUGGUGGACUUUGUGUUCACAAGGAUGGAGGCACACUACAUCCGCCGCCUCACAGAUUUCUCCAACAAUCGGUUACAAACUUCUCUUAAGAAGGUGUUGGAAACAGAGGACAUCGGGAGAUACUCCAUUGUGCAGGAAGACCAAGACAACUACACUGUGACAAGCUCAUCGAAUGCUGCAGUGUCCUACCAUGUCGACAUGGCAAUAGGCUGCUGCACAUGCCCAGUAGGGUUUAAGGGUGGGCACUGUAAGCACCAAAGUGUGGUAGCCAGGGUGUUUGGACAUAAUGACGCCUUCCGUCAUGGCUUGUUACCGGACACACAGAAGCUUUACAAUCACAUUGCCACUGGUGAACGGCCCAUCAAGGAAAGGCUGAACAGAAUGUUCCUGGACAUCACCAAGAAACUGGACAACCCUCACUUCACUCAUUCCAUCACUUCAUUUGUGAAGACGUACGAAAACAUUAAAACAGACAGUGCCAUGGUGUCAGCUCUUUCCUCAUUUGGAAAGUCUCUUCCAACAAAGGCCAGAGGCUGCAAAAGACCGAGGGGCUACCUGCAAACCUGCGCACAAAUUGGAAGGCAUCCGACAGCUUUGUCAAGGAGGAAAACGUCUUUGGGUGGAAUAAGGGUCCUGAGCAGCGGGCGACCCCCAAAGGCGAUGAGAAAGGAGCACGCCUAUGGAAGAACUGUAAGUGCUCCGCACGCAAUUGCGCACUGUGUGGAGGAGAGCAUGUGCCACUAACAAGCCCCCAGAGGUCGGACACUCACUUCCAGUGGACAUCAUCCUCCCCCACCCUCACUGUUGUACGUACCUGUAUAUAGUUCCUCUCACAAACCUGUACAGUGGCAGUGCUACUUGUGGUUUGUGCUUUUUGUACAAACAAGUUCUCUUACAAACCUGUACACCUUGACAAUACUACCCAUUGUUGGUGCAUCAGAGUAUUCUUCAGAACAGUUUUGCUAUCGUUCCUGCAUUGUUCACUUUCUUGCACUAUUGAGAUACUGUCAGUCAUUGGUACAGAAUAUUAUUUGUCCUACAAAGUCAAAUAAACACAAGAUGGUGUAUUAA